CCUAUGGACAGGAGCUCGCUGCUGCAGCUCAUCCAGGAGCAGCAGCUGGACCCCGAGAACACAGGCUUCAUCGGCGCCGAGACCUUCACCGGCCUGGUGCACAGCCAUGAGCUGCCCCUGGACCCGGCCAAGCUGGACAUGCUGGUGGCCCUGGCCCAGAGCAACGAGCGCGGCCAGGUCUGCUACCAGGAGCUGGUGGACCUGAUCAGCAGCAAGCGCUCCAGCAGCUUCAAGCGCGCCAUUGCCCACGGGCAGCGGGCGCUGCCCCGGGCCGGGCUGCUGGACGAGCCCGGCCUGGGCGUCUACAAGCGCUUCGUGCGCUACGUGGCCUACGAGAUCCUGCCGCGCGAGGUGGACCGGCACUGGUACUUCUCCCGGCACCGCAGCUGCCCGCCCCCCGUGUUCAUGGCCUCGGUGACCCUCGCCCAGAUCAUCGUGUUCCUGUGCUACGGGGCCCGCCUCAACAAGUGGGUGCUGCAGACGUACCACCCCGAGUACAUGCGCAGCCCCCUGGUCUACCACCCCGGCCACCGCGCGCGGGCCUGGCGCUUCCUCACCUACAUGUUCAUGCACGUGGGGCUGGAGCAGCUGGGGUUCAACGCACUCCUGCAGCUGAUGAUCGGGGUGCCCCUGGAGAUGGUGCACGGGCUGCUCCGCAUCGGCCUGCUCUACCUGGCCGGCGUGCUGGCAGGCUCCCUGACGGUCUCCAUCACCGACAUGCGGGCCCCCGUGGUGGGGGGCUCGGGCGGGGUCUACGCCCUGUGCUCGGCGCACCUGGCCAACGUCGUCAUGAACUGGGCCGGGAUGCGGUGUCCCUACAAGCUGCUGAGGAUGGUGCUGGCGCUGGUGUGCAUGAGCUCCGAGGUGGGCCGGGCCGUGUGGCUGCGCUUCUCCCCGCCGCUGCCCACCUCGGGCCCGCAGCCCAGCUUCAUGGCCCACCUGGCGGGCGCGGUGGUGGGGGUCAGCAUGGGCCUGACCAUCCUGCGCAGCUACGAGGAGCGCCUGCGGGACCAGUGCGGCUGGUGGGUGGUGCUGCUGGCCUACGGCACCUUCCUGCUCUUCGCCGUCUUCUGGAACAUCUUCGCCUACGACCUGCUGGGCGCCCAGGUCCCGCCCCCGCCCUGACGGGCUCCC